CACAGGUAUGGAUCUUUGGCAGCUGCUGUUGACCUUGGCACUGGCAGGCUCCAGCGAUGCUUUUUCUGGGAGUGAGGCCAUAUCACCUACCCUUGACAGCGCAUCCCAGAGUCUGCAAAGUCUUAAUGCAAGCUUGGGGACUAAUUCUUCUGGGAAGCCAGAGUUCACCAAGUGCCGUUCACCUGAACUAGAGACUUUUUCAUGCCACUGGACGGACAAGAUUCAGCAUGGUUUAGAGAGCCCAGGAUCCAUACAGCUGUUCUAUAUUAGAAGUCUGGGCGCAAACCUAAAGCAGUUGACUUCAGAGAUUCAGACUGCGAGGAAAAACACUCAAGACUGGACCGAAGAAUGGAAAGAAUGCCCUGAUUAUGUCUCUGCUGGAGAAAACAGCUGUUACUUUAACUCAUCCUAUACCUCCAUCUGGGUCCCCUACUGCAUCAAGCUAACUAACAAUGGUGGUACAGUGGAGCAAAAGUGUUUCUCUGUUGAGGAAAUAGUGCAACCUGACCCACCCAUCAGCCUCAACUGGACUUUACUAAACAUCAGUUUAACUGGGAUUCAUGCUGAUAUCCAAGUCAGAUGGGAGCCUCCAUCCAGUGCAGAUGUUCAGAAAGGAUGGAUAGUUCUGGAGUAUGAACUUCAAUACAAACAAGUGAAUGAAACGCAAUGGAAGAUGAUGGACCCUGUAAUGUCAACCUCAGUUCCCGUGUACUCAUUGAGACUGGAUAAAGAGUAUGAAGUGCGUGUGAGAUCCAGACAGCGAAACUCUGAAAAGUAUGGUGUGUUCAGCGAGGUGCUCUACGUAACACUUCCUCAAAUGAGCUCAUUUGUGUGUGAAGAAGACUUAGAGUUUCCAUGGUUCCUCACUACAAUUUUUGGAAUAUUUGGGCUAACAGCAAUUCUAUUUGUAGUCAUAUUUUCUAAACAACAAAGGAUUAAGAUGCUGAUUUUGCCUCCAGUUCCAGUUCCAAAGAUUAAAGGAAUUGAUCCAGAUCUCCUCAAGGAAGGAAAAUUGGAGGAGGUGAACACUAUCUUAGCCAUUCAUGAUCAUUAUAAACCUGAAUUCUACAAUGAUGACUCAUGGGUUGAAUUUAUUGAACUAGAUAUUGAUGAUCUGGAUGAAAAAACGGAAGGGUCAGAUACAGACAGACUUCUAAACAGUGACCGUCAGAAAUCACUGAAUCUCCUUGGGGCAAAGGAUGAUGACUCUGGGCGUACCAGCUGUUAUGAGCCUGAUCUUCUAGAGACUGAUUUCAAUACCAGUGACAUAGAUGAUGGUACCUCAGAGGUGGCUCAGCCACAGAGGUUAAAAGGGGAAGCUGAUCUCUUGUGCCUUGACCAGAAGAAUCAAAAUAAACCAUCUUAUCCUCAUGCCUCCUCUGUCACUCACCGGCCUAGUGUAAUCCGAGUAGAGGAAGACAAACCACAACCACUUCUGACUGGGGAAACUGAGUCAGCUCCCCAAGUUGUCCCUACCCAGAUAAACAAUCCAAGUUCACUGGCAAACAUUGACUUUUAUGCCCAGGUAAGCGACAUUACACCAGCAGGGAGUGUGGUCCUUUCUCCAGGCCAAAGGAAUAAGGCAGGGACAGCCCAGAGCAGUGUGCAUGCAGAAGAAGUGUCACUCUGCCAAGCAAACUUCAUCGCGGACAACGCCUACUUCUGUGAGUCAGAUGCCAAGAAGUGCAUUCCCUCCGCCCCUCACACAGAGGUGAAGUCACUCACAGAACCUCGCUUUAACCAGGAGGACAUUUACAUCACCACAGAAAGCCUUACCACUACUGCCGGGAGGUCUGGGACGGUGAAACACACCCCGAGUUCUGAGUUGCCUGUCCCAGAUUAUACCUCCAUUCACAUAGUUCAGUCUCCACAAGGCCUCCUGCUCAAUGCCACUGCCUUGCCCUUGUCUGACAAAGAGUUCCUCUCCUCGUGUGGCUAUGUGAGCACAGACCAAUUGAAUAAAAUCAUGCCAUAGCCUUUAUCUGAUUCUCAAGAGCGAUAUACCUAAUCGCAAACAAUUGUCUAGAUUUUAAGUGCUUAAACCAAAAACAUGUGUAAAAUGAUUUGUGGGGCUGAGGGAAGUGUGAGGGUGGGGGUGGAGUCUGAAUGCCUUUUCCUGAAACGUUGGAUACUAAAUGAGAUACUAAACAUUGAUAACAAAAUGAGAAGAAGAAAAAGAACGCGUAAAUCAGAUAUAUACUACCAUCGUGAACUGUAAAUAUUUUAAAGCGUUGUCUCAAAGACUAUAGGUAGCAGUAAUUGUCUUAUUAUUGUGGGUGUUAAUUUUGUGACACUAAGCAUUGAAUGGCUGUGAUUUUAAUGUAUGGCAAAUUGUGCUUUUUGGAAAAGCAAACAAAUCAGGUGGCUUUUGCAAUUCAAGAAAUUGAAUGCAAAUCACAGCACAGACUAUUUUAUUUUCCUUUUUCAGAUAAUUAGAAACCAGAACUCUAGAUGAGCGUCUCAAAAGCUUCUAGCAAAAUAGUUUGGAUAUGUAAAACAGUUAUUUUGACAUAAAAUCGAGAAAGAUAUUUUUAAUAAUUUAAACUCCAAGCAUGGCUAUUUUGUAAUACACUACACACUGUGCUUUGUAGUUCAUCAUGACUUGUCUAAGGAAUGAAGAAACUACAGUCUAAAGCUGGUUUCAUGCUUUGGUCAAAUGCAUCUAAAGAAAAACAAAUAAGUUAGUUUUUUACAAAGGCCCUUUUUUAUAUCUCCCCCAACUUCUGAAGCAAUUCUAAAAUGUCUAAUAGCCUGUAUUAUUGAGACAUAUUCUUUUUACUCUGAAUUUUUAAACAAAUACUGUUUUGAUUUAGAGAACUUUAAAAUGUUUACACAGAUAUCAGUAACCAAAAGUUCAAACUAUCUUCACCAAAUUUCAGUUGAAACCAGAGGCUUCGUGCUAAGAACAGUAGAAUUAAUAGGUGGUUCUUGCUAGCCAAGCAUGUGGAGUGAGAUGGUUAGAGUGUGCAGAUCAUGAGAAAGAAACUCUUAACACCUCCAUAAUGGUAUCUCCUCUAACAGAUCCUGGUUUUAUUUCACACUCAUCUAAGAAGGAAUAAGGCACAAGCAGCACUUGUGAGUUGAAGCAAAUCCAAUAAAGUUAACUGGGUAAAAGGACAGAAAGCUCAAGAGUAGGUAUUUAUUUCACAACCUCUAGCCAGAUACACGUUCAUUAUUCACCAUAAGGAGCAGAAGUAAUGAGGUUCUCCAUCCCAAAGAAUAAUUCAGAACUAAUUAAACAAGUAGCAGAAACUUUGUCUCUUGCCAAACUUUUUAUAGGAUUUAAGUUGUAAAAGAAAUUUCAUGAUUUUCUUUUUUUCUCUCUGAGAAGAUUGGCCUCGAACCAGGUAAUCAGAAGAAUAAGGCCUAAUUGACUUACAGAUUAUUUUUCUAUUCCUUAAUGGCCUCAACAUCAUUUUUGGGGAUACCCCCAAAAUGGGGGAAAAAAGAGAGGGUUCAUCUCACCGAAGAAUAUUGCCCAUUUUAAGUACUUUUUAAAGGUUAAGCCUUUAAAGUUAGCUUGAAGUUCUGUAGUACUUGCCAUUUAGCUCAGACAUUUUGGGAAAGGAAGCUUAAUGGUUAGUAAUUUUAAAUUCUCUCAUGCAAGAAAGACGGUGAAAAAUCUAUAAUUGAGUGUUUUUAAAGUUCGACACAUUAGUUUGUAAUAGAUGUUUAAUAGAUUUUUCUGCUACAUUGCUGCUAUGGUUUUCUCCAAGAGCUCCAUAAUAAUUCAGUUUCACAUAAAAUGUCAUCAACAUAGAACCUAAUUCAACUUAAAGCUAUGUGUUUGGAAGACCUAUUUUAUUCUUUCACAAUAGGCUGACCACAUUUCUAUAGCCAAAAAAAAAUAGCUAAAUACCUCAAUCAGUCUCAGAAUGUCAUUUUGGUACUUUUGCUGGCCACACAAGCCAUUAUUCACUAGUAUGACUAGUUGUGUCCUGCAGUAUAUAUUUAACUUUCUUUAUGUCCGUGGAGUUUUUCCUUCAAAGUUUAAUAAAUUUAUUUUCUUGGAA